CUUUUCUCUCAACAACAAUGGUUGGUUCUUCCUUCUUCUCUCCCCUAUACACCUAACCUUCUCAAUACCAACGGUUUCAUAUCUGACUCAGUGUUUCUGAUUAGCUAGCGACCAAGUUAAAGAGUAUCUUCGCAGCCCAGGAAAUGUUAGGAAGCUAUUUAGCUUCACCGUUGGCUACAGUGGGUUCUGUCAAAUGUUUUCGACACUCUGCAGGUGAUUUUGUAACAUACAGUAAUGUUUUACCAUUGAGACCGAACUUGUCUUACCAUGGUGUGGUUGGAGGAGUAAUAUCAUCUCGUGUGUCACGAAACAAGUGGAUAGUGGUUUGUUCAACAACACAAGUGGAAACCUCUGGUGAUGAGCCAAAGACAUGGGAAGAAUGCAAAGAAGCUUUGUCUUGUUUUGAUUUCAGCGUAGAGGAGCAAGACAAGAUACUAGGAAAAGCGUUUGGUCAUAUCCACUCGCCGUACUGGACAGAAGAACGAGUGAAAGAGAAUCCAAAGGUGGAAACUUUGAAUCAUGUAGUCGAGUUCCUUAGAAGUCUCGGUUUGUCUGACGAAGAUCUUCACAAAGUGCUGAAGAAGUUCCCGGAAGUACUCGGUUGCAGCCUAGAAGAAGAGAUGAAACCCAACAUUGGGAUCUUGGAAAGUCAAUGGGGGAUUACGGGUAAGUCGCUGCGAAGUCUGUUGCUUCGGAAUCCCAAAGUGUUGGGGUACAAUGUGGAUUGUAAAGGAGAUUGUAUUGCUCAGUGCACUCGGUGUUGGGUUCGGUUUUAGUCUUUCACUAGUUCGUUUGUUCCUCAAGGAGAAGAGUUGGUUUGUAUCUAGUCUACAGCUACUGAAAUAAACAAGCACUAGAACACCCGCUCAUUUUAUAAAUAUAUAACUAAAUGUUUUAAAUAUGUGAUAUAUAUUUGGUAUUAUAUAUUGCACAACUUUGUAAUUUUAUUGUUUCAAUUUUUUUAUUCAACGUUAUUAAUAUAUAAUGAAUUGUUAUA